UUUAAUGUGGUAUUUGGACGGGUCACCUGUCAAUAACUCAGACGAUUUGACCAUCACCUAUGAGCAUCCAAAUGACACGGGCCUGAGGAGCAUCAUCACUGUGAACCAACCACAGGAGAGGGAUCUUUCCACUUUGCUCUGCCGCACCUCUAACUCUCUGGGAUCUGCUUCUCACCACUUUUGUGCCUACUGCCUCCAGACUGAACAAGGUUGCAGAGAAUGUCAAGAAUGUUCAGGUGGAGUUACGUUUCUAGCCUUCAUCAUCACAGUUGGUGUUUUAUCAGCAGCACUAUUCUGUGCUCUUCUGUUUGCUAUCAGAGCUCGGGGGACUGGCUGCCAUACUCCUAAAAAGAGUCAGAGCACAGGUGACACCAGCCCAGCUGUGAUGAGUCAAGGCCUGACAACUGAAAAUGGAAAUAAGGUGUCCUGCACAUCAGAAGAGGAUAUUUAUGUCAACACCGAUAUGAUGAAAAAGUCAGAUAUGCCAAACACUCAUCUAGCACAUCAACAGGUUGCCAGUAAAAGCUCAGACAAGACGAAUGAGGCAAACGGUGAUGUGGUUUACUCUAGUGUGAUCUGGAAGAGCAAGGAGAAGAAGGGAGAAUGCUCUGGAGGCAGGGGCCCAUCUGGUAGCUCCUGUCUGGAAGAGGAGAGGUGCAUGGAGGGAGGCAUGCACACAAAUUAUGUGAGCAAUGCAGUGGAGAUGGGGAGUCUAUAUGACAACACUAGAAAAGAUGUAAAGGAGGCUGUGUAUAGUGAAUAUGCCCAGGUUCAUUUUAGAGACACAAAUGUGAUGUAAUGCAUGUGCCAUUACUACAGCUGUUUUUACUGCGGCAUUGCUACAUUGUAUUUGAUAUUAUUGGCUAUUAUUUAUUCAGUAGAAGUUAAUCAUGCAUUAGUAUUAUCUUCUCAAUACAGAUGUAGCCAGUUUAAAGAGUUUUCAGUUAAAGGAACAGUGUCUUCUCCUGGUUAUUUAUUUUUAGUUUUAAUUGUUCAGGAGGUUUUUACAAGGAGCCAAAUUAUCCGGAUAGGUCUCUUCCUCUCCAAAACAAUCGGUCCAGGUGAUUUAAAUCGAUUAAAACCCUGAGUAAAACAGUUUCAUGUGACAAAUCAGUGUUUCUCCAGCAAUGGUUGGCAUAUAGCAGAUGGGCUGCUCACCCAGCACCUGCUAAUGUGUGUUCAGUGUCCCCGUUUUUCUC